AUGGCGUCGGUGUUUGGCUGUGACGACGACACGCUCUGGGUCGGCGCGGUCGAGUACGCCGAUGCGAUUGGUCGACCCGUGCUCGACGCGCUGCCGUCGACAGACCAAGCGUUCCUGGACCAUCUCUACGACCGGCUUGUGCUCGGUCAGAUCUGCGCGCCACCGACAACGACGUUGUACAUGUGGCUCUUCACCGCGAUGAGUGCUCCGUAUCUGGCGUCGAUCUCGCGCGGGCUCUUCCUCGGUGAUGCCGCGCCGUCGACCGACGCCAAGGACAGCCUCUUGCCGCGCUGCUUUGCCAAGCACGACGGGUGGGUCGACGCGGUUGCCGAGUCCCGCUCGCUCCUCCGGCUCGUGCACGCCAUGGCGCCAACGCUCCAUGCCCUACUGACGGCGUCGUGGGAGCCACUGCGCAUCGAGACGAGUGUCGUUGCGAUUCAAGCGGCCCAAGCACGCCAUGUUGCCCACUUGAAUGCGUGCAAAAGUCGUGUGGCGACGCUCAAGCAGGCGCGACUGCAGGCGCUCGCCGAUGCUAUCGUCGCCAUGCAGCGCGCGCCGCGCGACGUAAGCACCAAGACAUCGGCCUUGGAUGACGCCCUGCGCCACAAGCAGCUGGUCAAGGCGCGCCAAAAGCUCCAAAAAGAGUUGCUGGAUGCUCAGAUCGCAGCCGACGCGGCGCUGGCGCGUGCAUCGGCCGCCAAAGUACAAGCAGAAGACGCAGCCGUCGCCGACGCGCAAGCCGCCCGUGACGCCGCCAAGCUCGCGCACGACAAGGACGCCAUCGUCGCCAUCUACGCAGAUCUGAUGGAGCGCGCCGAGCAUCGCCACCGCGUCCAGCUCUGGCGACAAGCACGACUGGCUCGCAAGCACGUCGCAGGUCUCCAGCUCGAUGCGCUCUUCAACGCGGACGCUGCUGCGUGGCUGCAAGCCUCGGCCAAGCAAGGUGCACACAUCACGAAGAGUGCAGCACUGCAGCGACCCUAUGACGUGCUGCUUGCUGCAACUACACGAACCCAAGACAGCAGCAGUGACGAGAUCGUUGGUGGUCCAAACGCGCACGUCAAGGCACUGGAGUCGCCUCGUGGGCCCAGCGACAGUCGGGUCGUUUCCCUAAAGGGCGAGACGACGGCAAGUGCAGCGAGCUCGGUGCGGGUCUUGCGGGCGCCGGGCGGCGGCGGCGAUGACGCGCGGCACGUCAUCUAUGGCAACUGCGACGACGACGAAGCGCUCGCUGCAUCGUUUGCGCAUGUUCGGGUGCAGCAAGCGCCCGGCGGAGGCGGCGACCAAGCCGCCGAGGCCAUCUACCGAGGCGACCACGCGGUCGACCAUCCAUUGGCGACCAAUAUCAAGGUGCUCCACGUCCCGGGUGGCGGUGGUGACGCGGUCGCGACCGCCAUGUACGAUGGUGCCAAUGCAGUGUGCGACGAUCUGUCGUCGGUGCGCGUGUUACGAGAGCCCGGUGGCGGUGGCGCCGACGUUGCCGAUGCCAUUUACGGCACCGAGGCCGCCCCAACCGCCGUUGUUCCGGGUAUCAAGGUGCUGCACGCACCCGGCGGUGGCGGCCAUGACGCGGCGGCGCUUCUCUACCAUCGUACGACGGAGACCGACGCGACGCUACCGCUGCGAUCCACUGUCAAAGUCUCUCAAGAGCCGGGCGGCAGCGGCUCGGAUGUUUGGCACAUGCUCUACGCCGGCGCGACCGAGAUGACGUACCAUCCGAGUGUCCGCGUGCUCUCGUCGGCGCCUGGCGGCAUCAGUGACGGCAUGGCCAAUGUGCUCGACGCCACGCGUUGCCAUGACGACGAUCUGUCAUCAUCCGUGCGCAGUCAGGUGCGCGUGCAGCAGGCACCGGGCGGGGACGGCAACGACGUCGCCGACACGCUCUACGCCCAGUUCAAAUCCCUUUCAACGGUCAAGUCGAGCGUCCGCCUCUUGCAACCGGCGGGCGGCGGCAAAGACUCGGUCGGCGCGCUGCUGCGUGGCCCAGACGACGACGUCGUCGUCGUCGAUCGUCGGCAUUGUCCGUCCGUGCCAGAGACAACGGACCAAGUGCCUCGGACGUCCCGCCAGUGGCUGCAAUGGAAGCUCGCGCAGGCGUCGAUGGCGCAAGCGUACGCGAGCACGGAGCUUCUGCCGCGCACGGUCGCUCCCCUCGAGAUGGCGGCGAUGGCUACCUUUUACACGCAGCUGCUCGGCCACGAGCCCGACGCGUUUGCCCCCAUCGACACGUUGGUUGUUGCGAGCCUCGAUGCACCGAUCCGCGGGUUCCGGGCGCUCGUCGGCUCCGUCGCCCUUGACGCCCUCCGUGACGACAUGCGGCUACUCGACCACCUCGCGACGCUCCAUGAAACCAUGCUGCUCUCGGGCGGUCUUUGGGUCGACAUGUUUGUCAAAGUCGUCGUGGACGGUCUCGCGCGGUCCAAGGUGCACUCGAAUGACGCGCUCAACGACGCCAUGGCGAGUGCGAUGACCGAGGCGUCGUACACGCCGCGGGUGCCAAGUCGCUUUGCCUACGCGCCGUCGUCACUGCAGCAUGCGAUGUCGGUUGCGUCCUUUGUGACGUCGCUGACGCCAACGUAUGGUCUCCCCGAUGCCCUCGCGCUCGUUGUGCCCGCGUCGGUCGUCGCGCAGUAUGUCGCGAUCCACCGGUUUGUCUUCCAGCUCAAAGCGACGCUCGCGCAGCUCCACGACGCACGUCGCCGGUUGCGCUGGCUGCUCACGCGCGUGCAGCUGGCAACGCACGCGCGCCGGGCGAUCGACCGGGCGCUCUACUGCCAGCACCACGUGGCGUCGACCUUGCACAACUACACGUCGCAGGUGCUCGUGCACGAGUAUGACGACCUCUGCAUGGCCGUCGCGACAGCGACCGAUACGGUGGCAGUGCAGCGGCGCCACCAUGCCUACGUAGCAACCUUGCUGGCGCGGUGUUUUUUGACGCGCGGAUCCGCCGACGUGCAGACGGCCGUGCAGAAUUGCUUGACGCGGCUCUCGACCAUGUGCACGCAGCUGCAGCUCGGGUCCGUCGCCACCGCCGACCACGCCAAGGAGCUCUUGCUGCACGUACUGGACGCGGCGCAGCACCACGACGGCGAUGCAGUCGCGCUCUGCGAUGCGCUGCGGCUCCAGCGCGACCGUGACGGCCAUGCCUCGGCCUUUGUCGAGGACUUGCUCUUGCAGCUCGACUGGAACGGGUACUAUGGCCGACGGGACGACGAAGGUGCCAACAUUAGUAUUAAAUAA